AUUACAGCAAAAACCUUUUUAUUAGUAAAAUAAUUCAGUGUAAUUCUAAUGUUUUCAUAACAAAAAACAGGCUGGACACUUUGAAAAACAACAUUUUGAAAAAAUAAGGUUAGAAAUGCUGUCCGUUUUGACACUUUGAGGUUAGAGUAAAGAUCAUCAGCAAAAUGUCUCUAAAAGACUUCUCCAUUCAGUUAUACAAAAUAGGGGCCAUAAAAUUUGGACAGUUUAAAACCAAAGUGGGCAUCAUGACCCCCGUAUAUUGUGAUCUAAGGGUUAUCGUGAGUUACCCUGAAGUUAUGAAACGUUUAGCUGAUUUACUCGCAGCUCAAAUAAAGACUCUUAAUAACAUUGAUGUACUUUGUGGGGUUCCAUACACGGCCCUACCAAUUGCCACAGCUGUCUCACUUGAAACUGGUUUACCAAUGGUAAUGAGAAGGAAAGAAGCCAAGGACUAUGGUACAAAGAAACUUAUUGAGGGAGUGUUUAAGGACGGAGAUAAGUGUCUUAUUGUCGAGGACGUAGUUACUUCUGGAAGUAGCAUUUUGGAAACAGUACGGGAUUUACAAAAUGAAGGUCUUAAGUGUAAAGAAGCCAUAGUUUUGCUAAAUAGAGAACAGGGGGGUUUUAAAAUUCUCGAAAGUAAGGGAAUAAAAAUGCACUCCCUUUUAAAAUUAACUGAACUAAUAGACUACUUGAUUGAAGCAAACUUAAUUAGCAAAGAUGAAAGGGAAAAACUUGAUAAAUAUUUAGCAGAAAAUCAGUUAAAUGAAUCCAUAUUGAAUAAAGCUCCCGCUGUUGACCGUUUAAAAUUAUCGUUCGAAUCCCGAUCAAAACAAGCCAAAAACCCCAUUGCCUCGAAACUGUUCCAAAUAAUGGCCACCAAAAAGACAAAUUUAUGCCUUGCCGUCGACGUAACGGACUCUGCGAUACUUCUAAACCUCGCCGAACAAGUGGGACCGUAUAUUUGCGCCUUAAAAACCCACAUAGAUAUUCUGGAAGAUUUCCACGAAAACCUGAUUGCCCCGUUAAAAGAAAUCGCCGAGAGGCACGAUUUUGUACUAUUCGAGGAUCGAAAGUUCGCGGAUAUCGGGAACACCGUGCAGCAACAAUAUAGCAAGGGAAUUUAUAAAAUCGGCACCUGGGCCAGCUUGGUUACGGCUCAUUCUUUAAUGGGCAAAGGAGUUUUGGAUGCACUUAAAGGUGCUCCUGGUCUUCCUGAACGUGGAAUAUUCCUGCUAGCGGAAACCAGCGCCUCCAACAGUCUCAUAACGGAGCAAUACACCAAAGCGACCCUAAAACUAGCCUCCGAAUAUCCAGAUUUAAUUGCGGGAAUAGUGUGUCAAAAUCCGCUAUUUCUAGAUCAGCCCGGACUAAUUCAGCUCACUCCUGGCGUGAAAAUCGAGGAAAAGAAAGACAGUUUGGGGCAACAGUAUAAUUCCCCAGAAGCGGUCGUCGUAGGGCAGGGAGCUGAUGUUGCUGUUGUGGGCAGGGGAAUUAUUGAGGCUAAAGAUCCCGUUGUUGCAGCUAAAAUGUAUCGGGACUUGCUUUGGCAAGCGGUGUCUAAAAGAGUAGAGGCUUGAAAGUAUUGUUGCCUCGAAUUUUUGCAUUUUAUAAUAGAGCAUUUAUAUUAUAGUAAAUGGACAUAUUUUCGAAUACAAUAAGCAGGUCUAAUAUAUUUUUUAAGAAUU